AUGGACUUUAUCAAUAACGGCAGUGAAAAUAACAAUAAUACGACCACAGCCUUCCCCGACGUUGUGGAUGUCAUUCCAGAGUGGGGUGACAAUGACAAAGAAAAGGGGUCUAGAAGUGUUCCCGAGGUGGAGCUGAGUUACCAGGUGAUCACCUCUGUGCUGCUCGGCGCGCUCAUCCUCUGUUCCAUAUUCGGCAACGCGUGCGUUGUCGCGGCCAUCGCGCUGGAGAGGUCGCUCCAGAACGUGGCCAACUAUCUGAUCGGCUCGUUAGCCGUCACGGACCUCAUGGUAUCAGUUCUGGUACUACCCAUGGCGGCCCUCUACCAAGUCCUGAACAAAUGGACUCUGGGACAGGAGAUAUGUGAUAUUUUCAUCUCUCUGGACGUGUUGUGCUGCACGUCGUCCAUUUUGCAUCUGUGCGCAAUUGCCCUGGACAGGUACUGGGCUAUCACAGACCCCAUAGACUAUGUGAACAAACGGACACCCAGGCGAGCGGUGCUGCUAAUCAGCGUGACUUGGCUGAUUGGGUUCUCAAUCUCCAUCCCGCCCAUGUUAGGCUGGAGGAAAGCCGAGGACAGGGCGAACCCGGACGCCUGCACCAUCAGCCAGGACCCGGGCUACACCAUCUACUCCACGUUCGGAGCUUUUUACAUCCCGCUUAUCCUCAUGCUGGUCCUCUACGGGCGGAUAUUCAAGGCAGCCAGGUUCCAGGUUUGGAAAACUGUGAAGAAAUCGGAAAAGGCAAAAGUGUCGGACAAGUGCUUGGCCGUGUCGCCGGCUAUUUUCCACAAGAAGAUCAACGUAGAGGCGGGGGGCAAGAACUGGAAACACAGUGUGGAACCUACAUCCAAGUCCUCGUGCGUAAACGGCGCGGUGAACCACGGGGAGAACUGCGAGUCGUUGGAGAUCAUAGAAGUUACCAACAAUUCUAAGAACCACCUGCCUCUCCCCAACACUCCACAGUCCUCACAAGAGGUUGAGAACAGGAAUGAAAAGAACGCUGAGGCUAAGAGGAAAAUAGCUCUGGCCAGGGAGCGGAAAACGGUAAAGACGCUCGGUAUCAUCAUGGGCACUUUUAUUUUCUGCUGGCUACCGUUUUUCAUCGUGGCGCUGGUCUUGCCUUUCUGUGCGGAUAGCUGUUACAUGCCAGAGUGGCUGGGUGCCGUCAUCAACUGGCUGGGCUAUUCGAACUCUCUCCUAAACCCGAUCAUUUAUGCCUACUUUAACAAAGACAUCCAAAGUGCUUUCAAAAAAAUUAUAAAAUGCAAAUUCCAUAGACAGUGA